UGGGUGUCAGUGUGCGCGCGUGUGUGUGCGUGACUGUGUGUGUGUUUCUUUUUUGCCGAGAAAGAGGAAGACUGUAAGUCAUAAAGGUUAGAGGCUGGCGAGCGCCGCUAUCAGUCUGAGGAAGAAAGCAGCAAAUCCGAGCGGUUUGCCUGCCAGAGCUCGGCUCCCUGAGCGGCGAGAAUCAGAUGAGAGGCUGGUCGGCCGCCUUACCUGCGCUCCCAAACUACGGCACGCAGAGAGCCGACAGAAAGCCCGGCCUGCAGUGAAAGCUCAGAGAACAGAGGCAGAGGAUGGAAAACCUGUCAGUGUACCACGGACCCAUCGGGAAGCAGGAGGGCGAGCGGCGGCUGGCGCAGGACGGGCGGGAGGGCAGCUACCUGGUCCGAGACAGCGACUCGGUGCCGGGCGUGUUCUGCCUGUGCGUGCUGUCCAACGGAUACGUCUUCACCUACAGACUCCACAAGGACGACGCCGGCUCGUGGGCUGCAGAGACCACUCCCGGCGUGGCCAAGCGGUAUUUCCGCAACGUCAAGAACUUGAUAGCCGCGUUCCAGAAGCCGGACCAAGGCCUGGCCAUGCCUCUGCUGUACCCGGUCACCGCCCAGAGCCGGGCGCCCCCGCAUGCGCCCGGCUACGGCCUGCCGCCGACACACGGCGACCCUGGCGCCAUCUUACCGCAGAGGAUCCCACAAGUUCCCAUGAGACACAAAAAGAAGCAGAAGAAGGGGGCGCAGAAGGCUUUUGGUUAGCCCUCUGUCCCAAAGGAGCCGUUCUGGGACCCAGAGAUCAGCUGUAAGAUGAUCAUCACCUGUCUAACGCUGAAUACACAACAAACACUGUCAGAAACUGCUGGGUUUCCUUCCUGGGACGGUUUGAGGCAGACAGAGCUCUGCAGGCCAGAACACCUCAGGAGAGCUGCUGCUCCGGACUCACUCAUAUCAGACCCGUUCAUCACAUUUGACCGUUUUCGUUCUGAAAAUGCUUCAAUUUUAAGGAGAAAAUCCCUCCUGCUGUGAGGCAUACCCCACCUCAAGACGAAGAGCCGAUCUCUUCUCCGGUCAGUGUUCUUAAUGUUAAGGUUGAGAGCUUUGCUGUACAUAAACAAUCACACACACACACACACACACACCAAAAAAUGUGAAGAUACAAGGAAAUCAGCACUGUUGAUGAUAAAUAAGUGUUGACGUUGAAUUAAACUCUUUAUUUUCAAAAGAGACGUUUCUUUUCUUUUGGAUGCUUGUUUGACAUCAGCUGCAGGACGAGGAACCUCACAGGAAGAAUUCAUGAAUUCAUUCCGUAUUUUUGUGCCGAUUUUCAUUCAUCCAGGCGGAAAACAGCUUAAAACAAAUCAGUCAGGCCAGCUGGACGUGGUCACAUGACUUGGAAGAGGUUUCAACCCAUAUUCAACUGGCUUAUCGGAUUACUUCAUUAGUUUUUGUGAUGAAACCAUUCGCGAACAAGUGCCACUGAUUCUGAACUGUUCAGCGGCCAGGUGCCAGGAGAACACGGACUGGGAGUCACGACACUGUGCUUACUGUCCACCUGUUCCGCACAACUGCUUACGUUUUGUCCCGUUCACACAAAGACUGAGUUGGCGUUUUCUGUGGUUUUAAGUACGGCUGUGGUGUAAAUGGUUUUUCACUUGAAAACAUUGUGUCAACAGACACAGGAAGCUUAACUCCUCAGGUCUGGACUCGGCUGGAUAUUCACAGCUUAAAAAAAGUCCUUUGAAAAUAGCAGUGUGUGAUCUGGACAGUGAAGACUGCCGGCUCGAGAGAGGAAUUAAAAUAGGAGAACCGUGAAAAGCAAGCAAAAAAAAAAAAAAACCUUUGUUUUAAAUAUCUCUCCUACAUUUAGGACGUGGUUUUUUUUUUCCUCUCUGCCCUUAAUUCAGCUUUAAAACGGCCAUAAUGAAGGUUGUUAAAACAGCCCAGUGCUCCAUCAUCUUAAGAAACCCCAGGCUGUUAACACACCGCUGAAGUGUGUAAAAACUCAGGCUGCUGCCAUUUAGUGAGCCUCAAUAAGGAUCUGAACUUCUUUCAAAAUGUAAAAGUCUGUGCUUAUUUUGUCACGCAUAUUUUUGUGAAAGCGACACGGAGCCUGAAGGUGGCACGAGCCUGCGUCAGGGACAAACCCUUUCAGUCAGGGAAACAUCCUGCCUUCGCACCAAGGCUGCAACCGCCAAGCAAAAUGUCAUUUCUUUCCCUGUUUGCUUAAUUCAAGUAGCAGUGACUGAGAUCUACACAUCUUCCCACUCUGUCUCUUCUGUCUUCAUUUCUGCGCGUGCAGCGAGAGAGCCGAGGCCGUAACUUUUAAGGGACGCGACGAGAAACUCUCAGCCGCCGAGACAUUAAUAUCCAUUACUGCAUACAUAAUUUGACAACAAAUAUUGUGCUCUCUCUUCUCGAUGCGAUUGAGUUGUGUGAAUGGCGAAUGAAAAUAAACGAUAUGGAAUGAAAUAAACUCUUUUUUGAAUGAGGUCAGGCGCGAACACGCACACACACACACGCACACACGCACACACACACACGAACGGGCCUCCGGUUGACACAUAAUGCAGGAAAAAAAUUCAAUUUGACGUAUUGAAGUAGUGAUUUCCAUGGAGAGAAUGCUGACUGCUGGGAGAGAGAGGGAGAUUGACAUUACCUCGUAAAAAAGAGACAGACUUUCAAAAAGAGGAGCAAAGGAGAGUCAUACAGAGAGAAGAGA